AUGUCGCAGACUGUCAAAAAGUUUUCAGUUACCUACGAUGCCAUAAAUGACAGCAACACCUUUACCAACGGCGAUAUAAACUGCUGCAAAAUGCUCUGUGAUCACACAUAUGUAGUUCUGUUGAAAACUGAAGAAGGGCAGCCCUACUGCCAUGUAAUUGCCCCUGGGACUCAUGUUUAUCCAUUCACAUUUCAGUUUCCCCCAACGAUUUUCCCAGCCUCUAUUAAAGUGUUGCAUGGAUAUGUUCAGUACUUCUUGGAGGCUAAAUUGAGCAGGUCAAUGAAAAUCCCAAACAAAGCAGCAACAGAAUUACGCUACAUGCCAAAGCCGGACUUGACCAUUCCAGGUCUCAUGACCCCACAACAUGGCAUGACUGACAAAAAGAUGAAACUCUUCACCUCUGGGAAUGUUUCAUUCAGUAUGCAAACAGAGAGAAUGGGCUACUAUUUGGGAGAAAACAUUAAGAUUAUUUUAGAGGUUCAGAACAGCUCGUCUCGUACCCUCAAAACCAAGUACAGUCUCAACGAGAAGCUCACCUACCAUGCAAUGGGCAGAAGGGAUGUAGGCUUCCAUGUAAUACAGAAAGAAGAAGGAGAGCCCAUUCCGCCUUCCACAAAACAAACCCUCACCAAAGUCCUCACCAUCCCACCAAGCGCCAACGUAUCCAUCUUUAACUGUAAGGUCCUGAAAGUUGAGCACCACCUCAAGGUCUAUCUUGACGUACCAUAUGCCACUGACCCAGAGAUUGUGGUUCCAAUUGUCAUUCUGCCGAUUCUCCCAACCAGGGACCUGUCAGCUCCUCCACAGCCCAAUACUGGGUUUGAGGGUUAUUCCAACCCUGGCCAAGCAGGAUGGGGCAACACUCCCUACACUGCUCCUCCACCUGCUUAUGAGUCCUAUGGGGCUUAUCCCCCAUAUCCCCCAUAUCCGAACUGACUGAAGAUGACACUUGGCAUUGUGAAUGUGUCCAUAAUUAGUUACCCUAUGUAUUUUCUUCCAUUUCAUGGAUUGAUGAAGGUUGUACAUUUUCACACGACUAACUAAAGCUAUAUACCACUCCU